UUGGCCCCCAGCAACAAAUCCUUCUUUGGAGGAUGCCGCGAGAGGAGGGGGAGAAGGCGGCGCCGAGGGCGCCCCCUAGUGCCCGCCGAGGGCCGCGCUCUCCCUAUAACUUAACGGAGAAGUGGGGAAGCGCGCGGAUUGCCCGCUUGGGGUUGGAGGAAGACGAGGAGGCGCGGCGACCCGGCGGGGCCACCAGCGAACGCGAGAGUCCCGGGCGUCUUGACAGCGGAGGAUGCUUGCGCUUGGAGGCAGCCACCCACAGGAUGUUUGCCAUCCAUCCUUCCAAUGCUUCCCAGGCACCACCUGCUACCCGCCAGGUAAACGUCUCCUCAAGCAACAUGGGGCUGGAGAAGAUGCCGGCAAAUGAUUCUUCUGCUGCUGCCCCCAUUUUUUCGAUGACCCUGGGUGUCGUCUCCAACAUUGUGGCACUGGUGAUCCUGGUACAGUCCUAUGCCCGCUUCCGGCGUCGCUCCAAGGCCACCUUCCUGCUUUUUGCCAGCAGCCUGGUGAUCACGGACCUUGCAGGCCAUGUCAUUCCGGGGUCUUUUGUGUUGCGUCUCUAUGCCACAAGGCGCGGUUGGGCAGCCAUGGACCCUUCUGGAGCACUCUGCCAGUUUUUUGGCGCCUCUAUGGUGUUCUUUGGACUCUGCCCCCUCUUUCUGGGCUUCAUCAUGGCAGUAGAGCGCUGUGUGGGCAUUACACGCCCUCUGUUGCACGCGGCCAUAGUCACACCAAGCCGGACGAAACUUUCUCUGGUAGGGCUGUGCGCCACUGCCCUGGUCAUUGCCCUGUUGCCACUCUGCACCCCUGGGAGCUAUGCCAUCCAGUCUCCAGGCACUUGGUGUUUCCUCAAGGUGCAAAACCCGACAGCCUGGCCUGAGAUGGCCUUUGCCCUCCUCUUCUCCGUGCUGGGCUUGGCCUCGCUGCUAGCCUCCUUCCUCUGCAAUACUUUCAGUGGAUUUAUCUUGGUGCGGGCCCGGCUCCGUGGACAGCGCAAAUGUGGGCACCGGAGAGCCAAGCCCCAUGACAUUGAGAUGGUUGUGCAGCUGGUGGGCAUCAUGGUGGUAUCUUGCAUCUGCUGGAGCCCUGUAUUGAUCUUUGUUAUUUUGUCUGUGACCAACUCUCACAAAUCCUUGAAUUACGACCAGCUGCUCUUACGUGGGGUGCACAUGGCCGCCUGGAACCAGAUCCUGGACCCUUGGGUCUAUAUCCUGCUACGGCGUGCAGUGCUGCGCAAGCUCCUUGCCAUCUUUCUGAGGCGGCCUGUACCCAAGGGGGUCUACUUCGGCCGCUGGGAGGCCAGCUCUUUCCAAAGCUCUGAGCGGAGCGUUGCUGCUGGGCGUUUCUAGAGCCAGCUGGAGCGACCAAGAGAAGCCCUGUUCUCAUGACCUCUUGAGGGAAGGAAGGUGUUUUGCACAUUCGCCCGCCUUUGCCAAAUGGUCUCCCUGGGAUAGCCAGGCCCUUUGUGAUGACUCAACAGCCAAAAGGGCCGUCUUGGUUCACCCUGGAACAAGAGAGUGGUUGUGGGAUCCCGGGCUGCGGAGCAGAGACGUUCCCUCACUUGUCAACGUAUUUCUACGAAGGAAGAACACGGAUGUUCGGAGGAGGCUCAUUAAGGAAUUGUGGCGAACCUUUGCAAGGAGAGGCCUUUGUUUAGUAGUGAUGGUUGGUGGUGGUAGAACAUGUGCCUGACAUGGCAAUGACCCAUGUUUAGUUCCCGGCACUGUCAGAUAGUCGGGGGCUAGGAAGGCCUUAUGCCUCAGACUCUGGGAAGCCACUGGUGCUCAGAGGAGACCAUCCGGAGCAAGAUGAACCAGUGGCAUGACUCAGGAGAGGAGAGGAGCCAUGAGUCAGCGCCUGCUGAACGCACGGCACACUUCCUGGAACACACGGUGCAAUGGGGGCUGCGGAUUUUGCUAGGAGGGCCAUAGUCCAAAGUGGGAGGGUGCUGGUGGUCCAGAGCAUGGGGGCUGCCUACGACCCCCUUGUAGGGAUCAGCUGCACUAGCUCAGAAGCAUAAGGUUUGUUCAUGAGCCUAAUUCUCAGGCAAUGUGAUGUGUGAUCAAAAAGGAGAUCUUUUAGUGGCAUGGUACCUUGCCUCUUUCCGUUCAGGUGGUUCAUCAUUAAUAGCUGCAGAGAAUGGAAUACUGAGUCUUGGAUUGACUCCUCGGUCUUGCAGCCACCUUCUGCUGCAUUUUGGUGUUGGAUACUGCUUUGCAGCUUUUCAUAAAAUGCUGCAGGGGAACUUGGUCCAAGAGGAAGUGUAGCCUCCCUGACACUGAUGACCAGGAGCUGGGUAGAUGUCAACUAUGAUGGAGAGAGCACUUCUUGGAUGCAGGGCUGAUGGCGGCUUCGGUGCCUUUUAGCUGAGAGGCAAAGGUAUGCAUUCCACGAAGCCCCGGCAUAGGUAGGCUGGAUGGCGGAUUGGAAACGUGAACUCCAAUAAGAUACUUGGGUGUAGCCUCCCGGAUGCUGGACUUUUGAGAAAGCUCCUUUCCGAGUCAGGUACUGAAAAGCAGAUUCCAGGGAUAUUGCUCCCAUAGGGAAAAAAAGUGUGCUGAGUGUCUGAUCGAUCUUGCAGUGCCUGGUUAUAGUGCGGACAGGGCAAGGGGCAAAAUCCUGAGACAGAUUGCCUACAAGGCCUGUAUUGUGGGAAGAGCUGGCUCGUAUUCUGAGAUGCACCGAUUCACUAGCGCUGGACGCUUUGCGUACAAUAAACCAUUUCUGUGGUGCA